AUGGCAGCUAUCCAGGGCUUUGAACAUAGAAAGCGCACCUUCUUGUCAAAGUGCGACAAGUCCAGCGCUGGCGAAAUUGACGAAAAGGCUCGUGAGAUAUGUGCCGAACUCAAUGGUCGGCCCGCUUUCUUCACGACAUCAUCUUGUGCCGGAAGAGCGUUCAUUUGGCGGGGUGAUGGGGUGAAAAGCACGGAGUGUUUCAGCAGGUGGCGCGUGACACAUGACCUGGUUGAAGAUGCGCGAGCAUAUUUCGACCUUGCCACCCUCGACGAGACUGUUGAAGGCAACGAUGUUUCCGAGCAGGCACCGUCGUUCUGGACGCAAGCACUUCUGCGACUGGCCAGCCUGUGUACGUGGUGUCAGUCAAGCAGACCAGGCUGGCGGGGCCGCAAGCACCAACGGCAGGAGAGAGCAGAGGUGGCCGAUAAGCGAUUGCUUGAAAGUGAUGCGGUGUAUUGGCUCCGCUUCGAGCCAUUCAUCUUGCAUGUGUGUUGCCGUGACCUUGUUGCGGCUGCAGCACUGAUGGCCGCAGCCCGACGUGUUUUCAAGAAUGUCGGGCUCCAAGGAUUUGAUAGUUCCAAACUGAUUGUUGCUAUUUGGGGUGACGAAGGCCUCGAUAUGCCUUUGACCAAUCCAGAUGGCUGGCCCUUGUUUCAGGGUGAGCAUGUCUGGUUGCAGAGCUUGGUGAACAGUCGGCACCAGCGGAAUUGGGGAAAGAUUGAUCGCUUCACAGCAGCUGUAAGAGAGAUGGAGGAGCCAGUCCCUUCAGCCGAGCUAGAACCCACUGGCGAAGCUGAAAGGGAACUACGACAUUUUGAUGUUGUGGGCGAUGUGGCCAUUGUCAACGUAAAGCCCAAAGAGGAUUUGGCGUUACUCGGCAAUGCCAUUCUGAAGCAGGACCGUCGGGUCAAAGUGGUCUGCAUCAAGGCAUCGCUUUUGGCAUCAGAACUCCGAGCUCCGGGCGAGCAAUUGCAGAUCAUUGCCGGCCGGGCGAGGUCGCCAUUGAUGACAACUCAUAUUGAGUUCGGUGUCCGGAUGAUCAUUGAUUUGGACGCAUGCUUCUUCUCCCCGCGUUUGGCUGGAGAGCGUCAGAGGCUUUGUCAAGCAGUACAGCCAGGAGAGAAGAUCCUGGUAGCCUUUGCCGGCUGCGGUCCUGAAGUUCUGCAGCUUUUGGCACACACGGAGGCUUCCCAGAUAGCAGUUGUGGAGCUUAAUGGGGCAGCUGUGAAAUGCCUACAACGAAGCCUUCAGAUGAUCCGAGGUGAGGAAGGCCCGGAGGGCCGAGCUUGUCUGGAGGUCUUGGAGGGCGACAUUCGGCAAGUGGCGAGCCACUUUCCACGUGGCCACUUCCAGCGCAUUCUCGCACCACGACCCAAGAAUCCAGGGGAUGGAGAUCUAGAACAAGGGGAUGGAGGAGUAGAAUUUCUCCAAGCACUGGUACCAUUGCUGGCAGAUGGAGGGGUUUGCCAUUGGUAUGACUUUGCAGCAGACUGGGAGCUUCCUGCGUGCAAGCGCACGUGCAACAUCCUCAACACCGAGUGCAUGACCCUGGGUCUUUCUUGCAAAGUCUUACGCGUUGCAGCCGCCAACCGUCGCACGAUUGCGGAGCGCCAGUAUCGAGUUGUGGCAGACUUUCAGGUCUCCAAAAGCUGA